AUGGCCCUGCCAGCGCUGGUCCUGGCAUUCUUCCUGGCCCUUGCUCCUCUGCUGCUGGCACCGGGACAGAUGCACCACGGUCCUGUGACUCCGCGGGUAUACAAGGAAGCAGGAAAAUGUAAAAUUCCCUCCGACUGGGACCCCAAACUGCGGUUUAACCCAGAGAAGAACAACAGCUAUGCUUUGAACGAAGUGGUGCAGCUCAGCUGUGAAGGGAAGAUUCCUGGGAAGUUUGCACCAUCUGUGCCACAGAUUCAAUGCAUUUCCAGAGGGGCCCAGAUCCUGUGGAAUGAGACUCCCACCUGCAAGGAAACAUGCCAAAAGCCCUACUGGGAUUCCAGACUCCAGCUGGCACCAGACUGGGAAAGUUACAGGAAAAAUGAAGAAGUGAUUCUGAGCUGUCCCAAGGGUUUCCAGGCACCCUUUACCCAUGUCAAAUGUACAGGAAAAGUUCUGUCUGUUAUCAAUGGAAAACCUAUAUACAGAGAAGCUUGGACUGGAAAGGACAGCACAGGCAAUGUGAUCAACAUUCAGCCCAAGUUCAGGGUAUAGUGCCUGGAUGUCCGCCAGGUUUUCAAUGGGACCCAGAAAGUUUCCAGCACCAGCAUCAAACUGAACUGGAUCUGCAGGUUCCCUCCUAUGUGCCACCGUAUUUGGGCCAGGUGCCGGAUGGAGUUCCAUUCCUCCUCAGACUGUGAGGCUGAGGACGUGAAGGUAGAGGAGAUGCUACAAGGCCACAAGGGAACAUUCACCUGCUCCCCUCUGCAGCCCUUCACGGUCUACAGUGUCAUCAUCUCCCUGCUGCCUAACACAAUCCUGUACACAGACCUCAUCAUGACAAAGGAAAUGGUGCCAGACAAGCCAGAGAAUCUGAGGAUGGAUUCCAAAACGGGGACCCUCAGGUGGGAGGCGCUGCCCUCCUGCAAAGGGGAGAUCACUGGAUACCAGCUGAACAUCACCACCUUGAGAGUACAGGACGGCAGCUUCCUUGAAUUCAGGCAGGUGUUGGUGAACCAGUCUGUCUCUGCAUAUGCACCACCUCAUCAGACAGCUGGCAGCAAAUACCUGGUGACAGUGCAGGGCCUGACGGCAGCUGGGGCUGGGGCUGCAUCACAACUGGAAUUUGAAGCCUACGUCCGGGGGCAGCCUCCGGGCCCUUGGCCUGGGUCAGCAGUCACUGUAGUGGUGGUGGUGGUGCUGUUGAUCCCCUUGUCUGCUGGGAUCAUCUGGUUCAUGCUGUUCAGAAAAAAGAAGACCUUGCCCAGAAAUGCUGAGGAGGAUCAGUACACAGAUCUCCAGCCCUACGAGAAUGUACACGGGGAUAAUUACUGCGUGAUCGAGAAUUUUCUUGAGAAGGAUGCAGGGCAGCCUCCGGGCCCUUGGCCUGGGUCAGCAGUCACUGUAGUGGUGGUGGUGGUGCUGUUGAUCCCCUUGUCUGCUGGGAUCAUCUGGUUCAUGCUGUUCAGAAAAAAGAAGACCUUGCCCAGAAAUGCUGAGGAGGAUCAGUACACAGAUCUCCAGCCCUACGAGAAUGUACACGGGGAUAAUUACUGCGUGAUCGAGAAUUUUCUUGAGAAGGAUGCAGGUAAGUGUGGCCAGGAUGGAGAGCCAUUUCCCCACUCCCUGCUUGUUCAUGAGACUCAGCAGUGA